AUGAACUUUUUAGGGGGAAAAGAAAGAAAAGAAACACACAACAAAAGCAAGAAAUUGGAAGGGAGCUCAUGGAAAAUUCGUGUUUUAACAAGGUUUUGCCAACCCUUUAAAUCUUUAUUUCUCUCCAUCUUUUCCUUUUGGUAAAUUUUUCUUCUUUAUUUAUUUUGCUUGCAACUCUUUAAAUUUUUUUCCCUUUUUCUCUUCCUUUCUGCCCAUUAAACAAUGAAAAUGGCAUAUUACCAAUCAUCCUUUCCCCUCUAUAGGAAACACCCAUCAUUGCUCCCAACAAUCCUUUUCAACCUUAGAAACCUGAGCUUCUAAGAUAUUCCCUCACUACCAUUCUUCUCUUCUUUUUCUUUUUCUUCGUCUUUCCUUCUUUCUCUUUCCCUCAAUUUAAAUAUCACCCAUCUUUAUAACCUUUUCUCUCCCCCUCCACAGCUUCUCUCUUUCUCUCUUUCUUUCAACUCUUAUAUUAGCAUCUUCUCUUAGUUUUGGUCUUCUCCCUAUAAUAAUAAUAAUAAUAAAAAUAAUAAUAAUAAUAAUAAUGGAUCCUUCUUCUACAAAUUCUGUCAAUGGGUUUUACACUUUUCUUACUAGAGAGAUCGAUGAUCUUGAAAGAGUUUAUCUCUCUAAUAACUUCAUGUCAAUUCAAUUCCUUCAAAGGGUUCUUUCUUUGUUAAGAUCUUUUCACUCUCAGUUGACUUUACUUGUUCAAAAGCUCCAUUUGCCUGUUGGUGAUAAGUGGCUUGAUGAAUAUAUGGAUGAGAGUUCCAAGCUUUGGGAGGCUUGUCAUGUCCUUAAAAUAGGCAUAUCUGGAAUGGAAAACUAUUACUCUGCUGGUUUCAAUAUCACUUCUUCUCUUGACAAUCAUCGACGUCUUAGUCCCCAACUCUCUCGCCAGGUAAUAAGGGCAAUUUCUGGGUGUAGAAGAGAAGCAGCUGGAUUGGAAGAGGAAAACAGAGCUUUAAUGGAAACAAGAAUCCAACCAUUAUCUUUGCGUUUCGAUGAGAAAGUAUCAAUUGAAUCGAAACUGAAUGGAUUCAAUGGAUUUAGAGGGGUUUUAUAUGCAAUGAGAAACGUUAGUUCAUUGCUUCUAAUGAUUCUGCUAUAUGGGUUAGUGUAUUGCUGGCCAGAAUCAAGCUUUCUAAGAGGAGGGUAUGAAGGGUGUUUAUUUUUUGGAUCAGCUUUCAUGAUAUCAACAGCAAGAUUGCAGCAGAGAGUAGCAGCAGAGAUAAACCAGAUAAAUGGGAGGCCAGGGAUUUUGCUUUAUGAGUUUAGAAGAUCAAAAAUGGCUAUGGAGGAGCUAAGAGGAGAGCUGGAGAGGAGAUGUGGACAAGGAGGAAUGGUGGAUUGGGAAACAGAGGUGGAGAUAAGAGAGAGAGUAGAGAAUUUAAGUGGGUGUUUUGGGGUUUUGAGAUCUGGAGCUGAAAAUAUCGUUGGCCAACUUGAUGAUUUCUUUGAUGAGAUUGUUGAAGGAAGAAAGAAGCUUUUGGACUUUUGCAGUCAUAGGUAGAAAUUAGAAACAGAGAGAAUGGUUGAAAAACUUAAAAAUCUCAAAAAAAAAAAAAAAAAAAUACAUGGUAGAGGAAGCAGUUGUUGGGGUUGUUGUACCUUUUUAACCCUUCUAUUUUCUUUUAAUUUUUCUUGUUUUUUAAAUUUUAAAUUUCUUUUUUUUUUUUCA